AUGGGGAUUCUGAGGAAGCUGGUAUGCCAGGUAAAUAGGUACUGAAAACCCAUUAGCACUGUGUUGCAGCUGAAUUCGUUACAUCUUGUGAAGAAAGUACUUCUGUGUAGAAGCGAAAUCCAUGUCAAGUAUAAAUUGUGAUAAUCACUGAUAGGUUUCUCAUGUAGAAAAUUUGUAGUGUGUGAAGCAAUACUAAUGGGGUGAAUUUUCAGGGAUUGUUAAUGCAGGUAAGAUUAAGGGAACUUUAAUUUUAUACACGGGACGUGGGUGGCACUGUGGGUUAAACCACAGAGCCUAGGGCUUGCCGAUCAGAAGGUUGGCGGUUCGAAUCCCCGCAACGGGGUGAGCUCCCGUUGCUCGGUCCCUGCUCCUGCCAACCUAGCAGUUCGAAGGAACGUCAAAGUGCAAGUAGAUAAAUAGGUACUGCUUUGGCGGGAAGGUAAACGGCACUGUGCGCUGCUUUGGUUCGCCAGAAGUGGCUUAGUCAUGCUGGCCACAUGACCCGGAAGCUGUACGCCGGCUCCCUCGGCCAAUAAAGCGAGAUGAGCUUCGCAACCCCAGAGUCGGUCACGACUGGACCUAAUGGUCAGGGGUCCCUUUACCUUUAAUUUGAUACACAGAAGAUCAAUGAGUUUCACACACAGUACUACUGACUCUCUUGGUUCUAUCGUUGGUGCAAUCCAAUAAGUAUCUACUCAGAAGUAAGUCUUAUAUUUGUUCAUUGGGCUUACUCCUGAAUGUUUAUGUUGUUUAUUAAAAAUAAAUAAAUAUCCUGACCUACGGAUGCCUAUGCUCCACUCAGGGUGAACAAGAAAGAAAAUCAGUUUUAAAAAAACAAAACAAAAACCAUGCUAUAUAAUCCAAUAUGAUUUCUCCUCCUUGGUUAUGAAAUCAAAGCCCCCUAUCUUGCUAGAAGUUGUUGACUAAGGUCAGUUCAGGGGUUAAUCACUCAGGGUAACUGAUAGACUGUGAGAAAUUGUAGAAACUUUUAGGAUUCUAUAGUUAAGACUUUGUAAUUGAAGAUGGAAAAGGGCUGCCACUCUUUAUCACCUCAGCCCAAAAUAUUUGUAAUGUAGAAAUGCUACUUCUACUUCUUAAUUUAUGUUUUCUUUUCACCUUAAUUAAGACAUUACUGAAACCUAUGCAUGCCCACACAUAGGCACAUGAUUGCAGCCAUAGACCUCAGAUUCCUGUUGUACAGGCAUUGUAUCUGUAAUGGAAGCCAGUGGAAAUGUAAACUGUGGAAAUGUGUUUAAUUGAUACAAAAAAUGUAAUAAUGCCAUGCACAGAUUACAUUUUAUUAAACCAAGGAAGUAUAAUGUUCUUUCUUACAUGCAAAAAUGUGUUUUUAUUCACAAAAUCCCUGUUUUUCUGAUCUUUUACAAUAGUAUAUAAUCAUUAAAAAACAAACCAGUUUGCUAGAGUUCCUUUCCUAGGGUCCUUUAGCCUAAUACGGAAAACAGGCUUUGCAUUCACUACAAAAUGAAUACAAAUGAUUAAUGUAGGGCCAUUUCAGGUAUAUUUCCUAAACCACAUUUUUUAUAACAGAUCACUGUGAUUUAUUUCAGGAAAGUACAACAUUCAGGAACGUUUGGACAACACAUUCCACCUCUCCAAUUGCUUAUCAAAGUGGGAGGAUUUAUUUCGACAACUAUCGGUGCUGUGUGAGCAGGUAUUUUAUUUAAAAAACAUACAUUUAGAAGCGAUUUUUCUCCUCCAUCUUGCGAUGCUAUCUCCUGCAUAAGUAUUUGUAAAAUGGAGGAUUGCAAUGUGGCACGGAAUAUCUCAUUUUAAGAACUACAGUAUUUUUUGGGAGACAACAUGGUGCAGUGGUUAGAGUAUUGAACCUUGAACUAGAAGUGGGGAGAACAAAGUUCAAAUCCCUAGUGUGCCAUGGCUUUAUAUAUACAGUGGUACCUCGGGUUAAGCACUUAAUUCGUUCUGGAGGUCCGUUCUUAACCUGAAACUGUUCUUAACCUGAAGCACUAUUUCUGGGUUAGCGGAGUCUGUAACCUGAAGCGUCUGUAACCUGAAGCGUAUGUAACCCGAGGUACCACUGUGUGUGUGUAUACACACACACAUAUUCAUGCCUCAGGUUACAGACACUUCAGGUUGCGUUUUUUCGGGUUGCAGACCGCCGAAACCUGGAAAUACCGGAACGGGUUACUUCUGGGUUUCGGCGCAUGCGCAGAAGUGCUAAAUUGCACUUUGCGCAUGCGCAGAAGCACCGAAUUGCAACCCGCGCGUGUGCACACGUGCCACUGCGGGUUUCAGACGUGCAUCCCGCAUGAAUCAUGUUCGCAACCCGAGCGUCCACUGUAUAUACACACACGUGGGCGCGCGUGCACACACAUAUAUCUUAUAUACGUGUGUGUUUGUGUGUGUGUGUAAGUCACUUUAAGACGAAAUAUUUUUUUGCUUGUAAGUGACAAAUAAAUAUAAUAAGACCUCUUUAUUUUUGCAUUCACAUCCGAGGUCAAAAUUGUUUUUCAAACGGGAGAGGAUUUAUGUUAAGAAAAGAAAUGCCCGUGGUUGUUUAGAAAUCCUAGGCAUAUGGAUUUUUAAAUAAGUGCAUGAAUACACAUGCGUGCCCACAGCUGUAUGCGUACAGGCGACGGCCAUUUUGAGCGGGGGUUCCGUUCCUGCCCCCCGCCAUCAGUGGAGCGUGUCACUUGGCCACACCUAAAAGGGUUGCUGCCUGUAGUUCAGUGAAUGUAUUAGUCGUGCUGCCACGCAAGCUGAGAGAAAAGAACAAACGGAGUUGUCGCUAUUUCCAUUUGUAGUGGAAAGUUUGUUUUUUUACUGUGCAAUUUAUGCAUCCCAAAUCACUUUGAUACUGCUUCGUCCGUCGUUUUACAAUUGAACAAGAAUUUGAGUAAUUGUUGGUGUAAUUGUGGUCGUGCGUUUUAUGUCAUUUUUUAAAUCUUGCUCUGUGGCUGUUUGCUGAAGUGCUUUGGUUAAAUCUGUAAAUAAAGACUUUGGUAAAAUGUAACCGGGAAGGAUAGCCUGUCUAGUAAAGUGGGAUAUUUGUCCCCUGAGCUCCCAGUUCAGCUCUAGGGUGGCCAUUUAUGUUUUGAUUUUAAAAAGAGGGCAACCGAGGAGAUAGAUUUUCAUAUUAUUAGCAUAUGUGCACAAAUAGGCAUAGUUACAAAUUUAGAAUUCAAAUAGAAAUGCAAUGCAGCUCUUCAUAGUGGGAAAGAUCAUGAGCGGUGACCUGUGUACCUGCUCAGUCUGUUGCUCAAGUUUUUAUUGUUGAAGGCCAGCUUAAAGGCUCCUUCACUGCUGUUUCUGGUUCUUUAACAUUUCAUCGGAUUUAGGCCAGAGAGACCUUCAAACUGAAGACUCCUUCAGGCAGAGGACUGUCCUCAGCAAAGUAGGACACAUGGCCAUUGUGCUACUGUUGUUGCUGCUCUCAGUCAUAUCAGUUCAGGAGUCACUAACCCUUUUUUAAGCUGGCACCACCCCAAGAGACAAAAAUUAAAAAAUGAGUGUAAAAGUGAAAUCCAGUUGAAUUAAUCUGAACCUUGAAGGGCUCGUGGAGCUGAAAGAGGAAGCAGGAAACUUCCUCUUCCAGCUCUACGCAGGUGGCGCUGUGAUCUAAACCGCUGAGCUUCUUGAGCUCGCUGAUCAGAAGGUGGGCGGUUCGAAUCCCCACGAUGGAGUGAGUUCCCGUUGCUCUGCCCCAGCUCCUGCCAACCUAGCAGUUCGAAAGCACGCCAGUGCAAGCAGAUAAAUAGGUACCGCUGCAGCGGGAAGGUAAACGGCAUUUCUGUGCGCUCUGGUUUCCGUCACAGUGUCCUGUUGCACCAGAAGCGGUUUAGUCAUGCUGGCCACAUGGCCCAGGAAGCUGUCUGUGCAUGAACGCCGGCUCCCUCGGCCUGAAAGCCAGAUGAGCGCCGCAACCCCAUAGUCGCCUUUGACUGGACUUAACCAUCCAGGGGUCCUUUACCUUUUACCUUACUUUUAAAGGGAGAAAAGAAGGGCUCAGACAUUUUGUGCAUGCCACGGCCAGACCUCAAGGGGGAUAAGGCGCCAGUGGUUGCCUGUCUUAGUUGUUGUUUUUAAGUUGUAGACUGCCCUACCACUGCAUUUGUAGCACCUAUGGGCACUUAAGUAGGUUUAAAAAAUAGCAUCCAACAGAAAUCACAUAAUCUUGGUUAUGGUAUUCGGGGAAGAUAGAAGUGGUCAGAUAGAAGUUCACAGCAGCCAAAUACAUGCACCUCUCCUUGACAUUGGUGCAACUUGUUCAUUUUAGGCUUCCUGCAGAGUGUUAGGAGUUCAGCCUACACUCGAGUAGGACCCUGGCAGAGACACAUGCCCAACUGGCAUGUUCUCUCCCUCCUGGUCAAUCGUUCAGGAGCUUCAAAAGCUUUCUUCAGCCCGAACAUCACAGCAACCGAUGCCAACCGACACCGGCACACUUAGGGAUCCGCAGAGUCUUUGCAACUCGCGUGACAGACCUCAGCAACUCAGCAUUUUGGCUAAUCUACUUCAUUUACAUAUAAACACACACGGAGCACUGCAACAUGGCUCCCUCUCUCUUUAGCAUCAGACAGCAAAGAGAAAAAAACAAAGGACAAUAGUCCCACUUCACGGAACACAGUAACACAAACAUCCCGUGUUCGUCACUUCCCACUCUGUGGAGUCAAAACGUAUACCCAUGACUGCAACCAUGGAGCAGGAAUUCUAACACAGAGGAGCUCCUUAGAUGGUAACGCGCAGUAAGCCAGCCCAACUGGGUUUUUGAGGACCAUCCUGGCUCGUGUUGCUGAGUGAGCCAUGGACAUCUUCCCAGAAGUCUUGCCCUGAUGGUGCCUUUGCACCUCAGAGAUAACAGGCAAGAACAGGAGAGCUUUUGCCAGAGGCAGUCCCAGGCCCCUGCCUUCUCUGACAGUAGGAGGGGCAAGGGAAUGAAGAAGAGAGGAGAGGAAGGAUAUGGUCGUUGCUAAGGGUGCUGGGAAUUGUAGCUCUGUAAGGGGUGAACUAUAGUUCCCAGGAUUCUGGGGGCUGGGGCGUCAUGCACUUAUAUGUAUGAUGUGUAUAAAGUCUUGAUCGUUAUUUAUAAUAAUAGCUAAAAAGACUUUCUGAAUCAUGGGAAAUAAUAUACUCUAAUUUCUCACCCGCUUUCUCAGCACCACACCGGAGCCGAGGAUAAUUUAUCAAAUGCCAAGGCGGCCUAGAUCGGAAAAAAUAGAAGAUGCUUUGUUAUUGGAAUGCCCAGUGGUAAGAUUUCUUUUGUUUUCCCAACGAAACAACUUUGCUGAGAAAAACAAGAACCAGACUCCCUUGUGUCAUCUUUAGCAUAUUAUUAUUUUCCUUCCUUCUUUCCAGUCCAACACAUGAAAUAAUCUUUGGGGAGCCGCCUUUUGGGACUAAAGUAAUCAGCAUCUUUUAAAGUGUGGGCAGCUCCUGUCUGUUCAGGCAUUUACAUGUAUACAGUCACCUUCCGGUAAUCAGGUUCAAAUACACUAUAAGGUAAAGGGACCCCUGACCAUUAGGUCCCGUCGUGACCGACUCUGGGGCUGCGGCGCUCAUCUCGCUUUAUUGGCUGAGGGAGCCGGCGUACAGCAUGACUAAGCCGCUUCUGGUGAACCAGAGCAGUGCACAGAAACACCAUUUAUCUUCCUGCUGGAGCGGUACCUAUUUAUCUACUUGCAUUCUGACGUGCUUUCGAACUGCUAGGUUGGCAGGAGCUGGGACCGAGCAACGGGAGCUCACCCCGUCGCGGGGAUUCGAACUGCCGACCUUCUGAUCGGCAAGUCCUAGGCUCUGUGGUUUAACCCAUCAUUUUGUAAGCUUCCUUACACGAUUGUGAAGCCUCAAUACACUAUAAGAAAUCCUUUAAAGCAAGCAGCUGGUGGGUUUGCAAGUCAUAAUAGGGUGCACAUUCUGAAAUUCCACACCCCAGGCUGCUGUAACUAGCAAGUGCUUGUGUUAUGCUAUUUUGCUGUUGCAUUAUUCCAUAUUGGAAACAGUGUUAGAAACAGAGAUAUGAAAGCUAGGAGCUAAAAGGCACCUUAAACCUAGGUUAUGGGCGCAACAAUGGAAUGUCUAGGCGCACUUUUUAAUAACAAGAAUUCAAAGCUGAAAAUGAAUGAACUGCAGCUAAAAUAUUAGGUUCAUUUUUCACAUGGUCUAGUCCUUCCCCUGCCCACUCCCCUAAUAUCCUUAAGAGGAUCUCUUCUCCAGUCUUCAGAGAGUAGCUGGCAGUGGGGAGGCAGAAAAAGCUCUUCCUUUCCUCCCACUCUACAGUUUUAAUCUGAAAUCUUAGGCGCAGUACUGCGCCCAGAGCUCAGAAACUGCUCACGCUACUGAAAUUCCCUGUCGCAAAAUGCGCCAGGAACAAGGGGAGUUUCAAACACUGAUUGAAAGCAUGGCAAAAUAUCCAUUCGCAUAACAGCUGGAGGGUGAAGGGGCUCAUAUGUUACAAGUCCAGAAGUGGCGUGUAAUGUGUUGCUUGUGUGUUCUGUCCACAGGGACACAUUGCACAGCCCAUUGGGAUCCCUAUCAGAGGUGAACCAAGUCUCCAAAUUGUGUAGAGCAAAUGUUCAGAGGUGCCUUAAGUUCAGCGCUUCGCAUUUUCUCCAUAGGAGAGCCAGUGUGGUGUAGUGGUUAAGAGCGGUGGACUCGUAAUCUGGUGAACCAGGUUCGCUUCCCCGCUCCUCCACAUGCAGCUGCUGGGUGACCUUGGGCUAGUCACACUUCUCUGAAGUCUCUCAGCCCCACUCACCACACAGAGUGUUUGUUAUGAGGGGAGGAAAGGAAAGGAGAAUGUUAUCCGCUUUGAGACUCUUUAAGGGGAGUGAAAGGCGGGAUAUCAAGUCCAAACUACUCCUCCUCCUCCUCCUCCUCUUCUUCUUCUUCUUCUUCUGGUGUUCACACAGGUUCACUAUUUGGGGUUGGGACGCGAACCCAUUGUCGCGGUUGAGAAUCACUUCACAGAUAAGGAGCUGAGACUCCAACAAAGAGAUGGGGGGAGAGCUGCCUGUGGUUGUAGUUACAGUGGUGCCUCAGGUUAAGUACUUAAUUCGUUCUGGAGGUCCGUUCUUAACCUAAAACUGUUCUUAACCUGAAGCACCACUUUAGCUAAUGGGGCCUCCUGCUGCCGCCGCAACGCAGGAGCACGAUUUCUGUUCUUAUCCUGAAGCAAAGUUCUUAACCUGAAGCACUAUUUCUGGGUUAGCGGAGUCUGUAACCUGAAGCGUAUGUAACCUGAAGCGUAUGUAACCCGAGGUACCACUGUAUUAUCAUUACUAUUCUUAAUAAUGAUUUAAUUUCUGUACCACCCUUCCUCCGAGGAUCACAGGUCAGUUUACAAUAUAAAAACACAAAAAUACACAACAUAGGAACAUUCUCUAUUUCUUAACACAGGGUGAAGUGCUGCCGACUCCAUCAGACUACAAACCUUCCUUGUUGGUUCUGACAGCAAACAACUGGCUCUUUCGCCUUUCUGCAAGUACGGGAGAAAUACUUGAAAAAGUGUACCUUACUUCCCACUACAAAUUCAGGUAAAGAAGGUAGGCUUUAGUAUAAGAUUGCUUGAGGGUUACUUCUCAGCACAGAGUGAAAUCCUAUGAAUGCUUACUUGAAAGCAAGUCCCUCCUAGUGGGGCUUACUACUCUAGGCCACUAUCCUGUGUCCACUUACUAGCGAGUAAGAGCCAUUGAACUCAGCAGGACUUCCCUUCAGCACAAUCCAGAGUACAUUGCCUCACAAGUAGGGAUAGAUGAAUAUACCUCUUGGUAUAUCAUUUUUCCAGCUUUAAAUUUAGUUCUCCACAUUUCUGCAGCAAUUUGCAUUUUAAAAAAAAAAAUCCCUUGAAAAUUUGCCAGCGUUUUAAUAUGAAUUUCUCAUUAAAAAGCCGAUUUGUUUGCUGUAGAUUUGACUAAUAUACAGAACUGCAUACAAAAACAUGCUUGUUAUGAUGCAUUUUUUAAGCAGUCUUCCCUUGCGUGCUUUUUUGUCUGUUAUUUUUGCUAAUAUAUGCAUUUCAACACAUAUUUUGCCCCUAAUAUAAUGCAAAUCUUUACGUAUUGUUUGGUUGGAGAACUGCAUUUGUACAGUCUGGAGAGGUGUGAAUUUCAGAAGUUGGCUGCCUUUCGAUUCGCAGGUUGAUUGGAGAAGUGCAGAUUAGCUAGUUUCUUAUUGAAAUGCAAACAAAGCCAAAUUUCCCUCCCAACUCAAAAGUGCCUCUCCCUGGAAUUGAUAAUUGUCUGUAUUUCUGAGUCAUGCACUCAGGACAGAAGCGCCAACCUUGAUCAGAUUUUGACCGGCCUUUGCCUUAAUCACAGCCUUUCCGUGGAAGCUGGAAGAGGUGAUAGCUGCUUGGGUCCCAAGGAAGAUUGAUUCCAAAAUGAUUUUAAUACCGCUUUCUUACUGGGGAGAGAAUGCUUCUGCUUCUUCAGGGCUUGCUUAGUACCAACAGAGCCUCUUAAAUAAUAAGUGUUGUUUAACAGUGACUGCCAUUGCUUACUUCCUUUUGUCCAAGUAGGUCAAUCCUUUUUCUUGGCAGUUCCAGAAUGGGAAAAGAGCAGCAGGGAAUGGCUUGAUGGGGUGGCAGCUCUCACCUGACCUCUAGUCAGCUGCUGCCUUCCAGGAGGGUUGAGGAGGUGGUGAGGUCAGUGUGGUGCGAAUGCAGGAACCUCGGGUUGGCUCCUCUGCUAUGUUUGCACUGCAGCAGCACUGUUAGAAUUCCUGCUCCGUGAUUGCAGUCAUGGGAUUGUUGUCUAUCACAUGACUGUAUAUGUUUUGACUCCACAGAGUGGGAAGUGACGGAGGCAGGAUGUUCGUGUUACUGUGUUCCAUGAAGUGGGACUAUUGUCCUUUGUUCUUUUUCUCUUUGCGGUCUGAUGCUAGAGAGAGAGAGGGAGCCAUGUUGCAGUGCUCCGUGUAUGUUUAUAUGUAAAUAAAGUAAAGGUAAAGGGAGCCCUGACCAUUAGGUCCAGUUGUGACCAACUCUGGGGCUGCGGCGCUCAUCUUGCUUUAUUGGCCGAGGGAGCCAGCGUACAGCUUCUGGGUCAUGUGGCCAGCAUGACUAAGCCGCUUCUGGUGAACCAGAGCAGCCCACGGAAACACCGUUUACCUUCCCACCAGAGCGGUACCUGUUUAUCUACUUGCACUUUGACAUGCUUUCAAACUGCUAGGUUGGCAGGAGCAGGGACCGAGCAACGGGAGCUCACCCCGUCGCAGGGAUUCAAACCACCGAUCUUCUGAUCGGCAAGCCCUAGGCUCUGUGGUUUAACCCACAGCGCCACCUGCGUCCCUGUAUAUAAAGUAGAUUAGCCAAAAUGCUGAGUUGCUGAGGUCUGUCAUGCGAACCGCGCAGACUCUGCAGAUCCCUAAGUGUUCCGAUUUCUGUUGGCAUCGGUCACUGUGUUGUUCGGGCAGAAGAAAGCUUUUAAAGCUCCCAAACGAUCGACCAGGAGGGAGGGAACUUGCCAGUUAGGCAUGUGUCUCUGCCAGGGUCCUACUUGAGUGUAGGCUGAGCUCCUGACAAACACAACCCAUCAGAGGUCAAGCAGAGCACCACUGUCCACUGUUGGUAGAAGGAAGGUCCUGAGAGAGUGACGUAUUUAAAGCAUCUCAGCGAGGGAUUUGCCACGGGCCCCAUAUUCUAAAGGACGUUGAAAACAAAGCAGUUCACUUUCCCAGAAAAUAAAUGGCAUUUCAUUUUGGUUGAGAGUAGGACCCUUGGCAUUUUGUUUUGGUCCGUUUACCUUUUAUUUGGUCCGUUUACCUUUUACCACUAGAUAUCUAAGUUGGGAUGUUCCUCAAGAGGUCAUGGUUGUCAAGUCAGCUCAGCUGAAGCUCCCUGUGGCCGCACGGCAGGUACGUUGGCUGGAAAGAAUUUGCUUUCAAAAGGAGACCUUUUGGGGUGCUUCUCAUGUCACGCUAUAUAGGAAACUUCAGGAACUGUUUCUCCCUGAUUUUGCUUAUGGGAUUACUGUGUCUUUAAAGGACAAGGAUACUUGGGGUAUCCGAGUCUAUAAUGUAUCUCAGAACUUUGGGAGUCCCUGAUCUGACUCGAGAUGCCUUGUGAACAGCAUUCGAAGCUCCCAUUGUUCCAGGCACGUUUUGCGACAAGGAAUUUCUUUAGCACAAGCCGUUUCUGAGCUCUGGGCGCAGUACUGCGCCUAAGAUUUCAGAUUAAAGCUGCAGAGUGGAAGGAAAGGAAGAGCUUUUUCUGCCUCCCCACUUCCAGCCACUCUCUGAAGACCGGAGAAGAGACCCUCUUAAUAAUAUUAAGGGGGUGGGCAGGGGAAGGACUAGACCAUGUGAAAAAUGAACCUAAUAUUUUAGCUGCAGUUCUUUCAUUUUCAGCUUUGAAUCCUUGUUAUAAAAAAAGUGCGCCUAGACAUUCUGUUGUUGCGCCCAUAAUCUGGGUUUAAGGUGCCAUUUAGCUCCUAGCUUUUACAUCUCAGUUUCUAACACUGCUUGUUAAUGGCUCGAUCCAACUUGGGCAAUCUUAUCCAGAUCACCCCACUCACCUCUUAAUUCGGGAAGUACAGAAAGCCAAUCCACACCCCUAGUGCAUCUGUUUUCAGAGUGGUAGCCAUGUUGCUCUCUCCCGAGAGAUUAUACCAUCAUAACUGCUUGAGGAAGAAGAUGCUCAUUCGUAUCUACCUCUGCCCCAUCAUGCCCAAGCUGAAGUGUGAUAACUGUUUCCGGCAUGUUCCUUCCUAGGCUGGCAUCCAGCAGUCUGUGCUUUUCUUCCUUGCUGUGUUCAGAGUUCUUCCGCUUUCGUUCAUCGGGAUGCUAGAACUUGACAAAAAAGUAAGUCUGUUAUCCUAGGGGUUAGUAAAGGGACCCCUGACCAUUAGGUCCAGUCGUAACCGACUCUGGGUGCGGCGCUCAUCUCGCUUUAUUGGCCGAGGGAGCCAGCGUACAGCUUCCGGGUCAUGUGGCCAGCAUGACUAAGCUGCUUCUGGCGAACCAGAGCAGCGCACGGAAACGCCGUUUACCUUCCCGCUGGAGCGGUACCUAUUUAUCUACUUGCACUUUGACGUGCUUUCGAACUGCUAGGUUGGCAGGAGCAGGGACCAAGCAACGAGAGCUCACCACGUUGCGGGGAUUCGAACCACUGACCUUCUGAUUGGCAAGUCCUAGGCUCUGUGGUUUAACCCACAGCGCCACCUGCGUCCCAAUAUCCUAGGGGUUAGCUGGCCUCUUUCCGAGUGUUCUCAGAAAGUAAAGCCAUCAAUCGGUACAAAUUGCUAGUUUUAGAAAGCCUGAGAAGCCAUUAUUAUUAUUAUUACUAUUAUUAUUAUUAAAUUUACGUAUUUCCCCUUGUAUAACACGUCUCCGUGUAUAAGACGCUCCCUAUUUUGAGGGACUCAAAAUUAAGAAAAUGGGGGCAAUUGCCCCCGUGUAUAAGACUACCCCCCUUUUAACAUUAUUUUUUAGUAAAAAAACCUAGUCUUAUACACAGAUAAGUACGGUAUAUACCGCGCUGUAUGGCUCCAGGUCCUAAUUUCUAACCAAUGCUGGUGAUUUUUGUCAAGUGUAGGAGGCCUCUACUGAUCUCUUCAUUUAUUUUCUUUCCACUCAAUCCAGAUCUUUGGAAACAGCAUGACAGACGCCACGUUGUCUCAUAACAUGCUGGUUGUGACACACAGCUCUGGCCUUGUCAGGCUGUACAGCUUCCAGGCUAUCUCUGAGCAGGUAAAGGACCACGAGCAGAAUCAGUACAGCGCCGCUGAUGCAGAAGUUGUUUUAGAGUAACGUAGCUUAUAUGCUUAAGGUUGGGGAGAAGCAGCAGGCGGAGGGGUGAAGCAAAGGUUAAAAAGCAUUGAUAUGAGUCAGUAACAAAUACCCCCUACUGCACAUCAGCAUAAACUUGGUUCCUGAAUCAUACAGAGAGGGGGAAUUUGCUCUCCACGGAACUCCAAAAGAAGCAUAUGGGAAAAGAACAACAACGGAAACAAAAUGAGGUCAACUUAUUUUUUGUGGGUGGCAGAGAUGUGUUGGGAUACUGCCAGGGAGAUAAAGUCCAUCAAGGCCCCCAAGCCGUCUGCCAGACGAUCCAUCGACCUCCCGUAGGCAUGCAGCGACAUGAGUUUCUAGAAAAUAUCUUGCCACAUUCCAGAGCUCAUGCACACUCUAUCAGCAGAGCAGUUCACCCACUAAUAGGGAAAAUCAGCUUUGAUCAGAACACAGAAAAACAUGACUGCCUGCUUUAGUGUCUACGACACAGAGAGAGAAAACGAAAGCAAUAGGAAACAUAAACAUCCUGUGAACAGGAAAUACGCAGACUCUGUGACUCACAGCCUGCUCCCUUUUAAGGUGGAACGGAAAUAUCCUAACAAGAUGUGCCUCCCCAGAUCGGACUUUCCCACCCCAAUGCCCUUCAGAGAUUGCUGGGGUGCAGCUUCUGCCAUCCCUGACAACUGGUCAUGUGGCUAAUGGCAUUUGGUGUUCAACGGGGCGUUUGCAGGGCACCUGGCUGGAGAAGGCCAUUGUUCCAAAAAGCGAGCGAGCAAAAAAUAAAAAUAAAAAAAUGGAACGCUUCACGAAUUUGCAUUUCCAAAUUAUAGGAGUACUACAAUAUAUCCAAAACAAUGGGAAAAAUUGGAAGGAUCUCAAAAGAGAAGAUAGGGACUUGGAAGGUGUUUAAAGGAUACUUGCAAAACCAUAUUGAAAAAUCAGAACUCCUAUUAGAAUAAACAAGUUCCGUUUUAAAUACUGGAAUACUAAAUAAGAUGGAUAACAAUGUGUAAUAGAAAAAGAAGCAUGAAAUUAGGUUAAAGGUGUGUGAAAGAAAGUAGUAGAAGUGGAAAGAAAUUGCAAUUGAGUAGAUUGGAAGUCUAACACAAAGGUGGGGUGAGGGGUGGUGGACGGUGAUGGGAAAAGGAAUUAUCUGUGGGAUUGAGUGUAGGUAUGUUUGAACAUUUUUAAGGAUUGUAUGAAAUGUAUGUUUGUAUAUUUAAAAAAAGAAAAAGCGAGCGAGCAGUCAGCCACAUUCCCUUCUGUGAGCAAACCUCCUCAUGCUGGUAGGUGGACAGGACCCUGAGGCAAAACCAGCCAGACUAGGGUGGUCCUUCAUCCAGACUAGGGUGGUCCAACGCACAGCCCAAGGCCUGCAUGUGGCCCUCGAGGCAACAUUUGACGCUCUCCAACCCCCAGCCUUCCCCAAGCCAGGUAAGUGAGGCACUGGGCUUGCGGAAGGAGAUGUAAGGGCCCUGACAGUGUCCUAGAGUCCUUCUGCCUACUUCCCAAAGCCUAGUUAGUGCUUUCUCUGCAUUGGGAAGGAGAUGGAAGGGCUCUAGGACCCUACCAGAGCCUUUCAACUCCUUCCCAAAGACCAGGGCCUCCCUUACCCGGCUUUGGGAAGGCAGCAGAAAGGGGGGGGGGGUCAAAUUUUGGCCUUGCUCGCCUCUGGCCCUGCCCAACAAGGCAGUGUGCAUCCUGUGGGUUCCCUGCCAAAGUACGGCCCACGUGGUCUGAAAAGUUGGACUGCCCUGAUUCAGGCAAGCAAGAGGCAUCAAGAGUUCAAGAUCACAUUCCAGCCAGGCAAGAACGCUUUGGGUGCAAAUGAAGGGCCAGUGAGGGGCAAGGCCUGGAAGAGUUCUGAAGACCAAACAGAGAGGCCCUUCUAGGCUUCAGGUUCUCGCUCCGUUUUCAUCUGCGUAUGCUUCCAGAGAUAAAUGUUGAAGCUCAGAUUUAGAAACAAGGAAUAACUUAAAAACAAGCAGACUUAAAACUUCCUUAGAUGAGAAAACAGUGCAGCAACUUUCUUUAGAAUAGAACAAUCAUACAUGUGUCAAAAGAAUUAAGCAGGUUUCUUUUGUUUUCUUUUAGUUCACAGUGUGCCAGGUGGAUCUGGGACAAAAGUACUUCGGGAACGGCAGAGGUGGGAUUGUGGGAAAAUACCCCUUUGGGAUUCCCUGCAAUAUUAAAAUAACAGGUAUUUCUACGGGGUUAUAGUUUCAUUACCACAAGUGGUCAGUUUCACGUUUUAGAAAAAGCUCUAGCGCUGCCAGUAACUGCUGCUUUUAUGUGCAUUGGUAUAGUAAUUGUUUUAGAAUUUGUAUUAAUACUGUUAAUGCAGUCCUUUUCGUGUCUCCUCCGAAGUAAGCACCAUUGCAUUAGUUUGGUCUUACUCCCAGGAAAGGAUAUAUAGGAUUGCAGCCUUUCUUUCUCUCUCUCUCUCUCUCUCUCUCUCUCUCUCUCUCUCUCUAGCUUUGGACUGUUAUCCUGUCCCCUGUGGCUUUGGAGAGCAUAAAACCUAGUACAGUCGUACCUUGGAAGUCAAAUGGAAUCCGUCCUGGAAGUCGGGUUGACUUCCAAAACAUUCAGAAACCAAAGCGCGGCUUCUGAUUGGCUGCAGGAAGCUCCUGCAGCCAAUCGGAAGCCCCGUCAGACAUUCAGCUUCCAAAAACAGUUUGCAAACCAGAACGGUCACUCCCAGGUUUGUGGCGUUGCAGAGCCAAAACAUUCGAGAACUAAGCUAUUCGAAAACCAAGGUACGACUGUACUGUGCAAUUUGCAAUGUACAAUGCAAUGUAGCAGCUUCAGCUGGUAAGACAGUUAUGUCCAUUCCUGGAUCAGGCACUAGCUUGACCACUACUGUCCAUGCAAGAUUGGAUAACUGCAAUGUGCUCCACAUGGGUUCAGAAUGCAGCUAGGCUGCUUUGGGGAGCAAAGUACCACCAGCAUAUUGCUUGCAAGAUUUGCAGUGGCAACCAAUCCGUUACCAGGCAGACUUCAAGGUUUUGGUGCUAACAUACAAGGCUCUGUGCAGCUCAGGACCAGGUUACUUAGGAGACCACAUUAUCCCUUAUGUAUGAAAUAGGUCACUGCAUUAUCCGGGAGACUUCUUCCUUGAAGUUCCUAAAAUACGACAGUAGCUCUGAGCUACUGGGCUUUCAGCACGUCUUAUGAGAGUUGGCAGGCACCUAACAUGUGUACUUUGUGGAAACAAUUGAAGAUACUUUUGUUCAGGCAAGCUAUCCUUAGUGGUUAUUUUGUACUGUUUUGUAAACUGUUUUUGACUAUUUAUAUACUAGUGAAUUGCCCUGAGACACACGUGAAAGGCGAUUCACAAAUUAAUAAAAUAAACACAAUCCGUAAAGGGGAAAUGUGAUUUCUUGUGGCCUUUAUUACCGUAUUUUUCGCUCCAUAGGGCGCACUGGACCAUAGGGCGCACCUAGUUUUUAGGGGGGGAAAUCAAGGGGGAAAAUCUUAUUUCCCCCCCAGCCCCAAAGAGCAGCGUACAGGUGUGCGCAACCUCUCCCUUCUGGAGGGGUUGCGCGCGGCUAUGGCACAAGCCAAGGCAGCCAGCGGGAUGGAUCCCGCUCGCUGUUUUGGCUUCCUCUCUCCUGCCGGGAGAGGCUGCGCGGGGCUAAAGAAGAAGCCCUAGCCCUGUGCAGCCUCUUCCUACCAGAGGGGCUGCGCGCGGCUAUCCCUGAAGCCUGGAGAGCGAGAGGGGUCAGUGCGCACUGAUGCCUCUCACUCUCCAGGCUUCAGCGAAAGCAACGCAAAGCCUUUGGAGCGCGGAGGGAGCGCUCCCUCUGCGCUUCGGAGGCUUCGCGUUGCUAUCGCAGAAGCCAAGGAGCCUGCAUUCGCUCCAUAGGACGCAAGCACAUUUCCCCUCAAUUUUUGGAGGGGGAAAAGUGUGUCCUGUAGAGCGAAAAAUACGGUAUAUUGUCCCAGGUGUCUGUUUUGUGCACUGCUAAUUGAAUGCAAGGUUGCAGGGUUCUGCAUAAUCAUUGUUGCACUAUAAACUUUUGGCGUUUAGUGGUGUAAACUCUUGUGUGUGCGAUCUUUAAAGCUUUACCGAAGAACAAAUGGAAUUAUGAAGCUGUUCAUGUUAACAUUCGCAGGUACCCCAGAUCUGCUCUUUGAAGUGUCUUCCCUGGAGAACACAUUUCAAAUUGGAGGACACCCUUGGCAUUACAUCAUCACUCCUAACAAGAAAAAACAGAGAGGAAUCUUCCACGUUUGUUCAUUGAAAGACCACACUUUGGUAAAUCUGUUCAAGUGUCACAUAUUGAUUAUCAAUCAGAAAAUCAUGGGUGUGUAAACAUAGGAAAAGAACCAUUCAGCAUUAUUUCCUGAUAGCUCAGUCAGUAGAGCAUGAGACUUUUAAUCUCAAGGUAGCAGAUUCCUUGAUUGCAAGGGGUUGGACAUUCCAACUCUACAAUUUAUGUUUCCAUGAUUCAUUUCUCAUUGUUCACUUGUGUUUUCCUGAGUGCCCCAUUUCAAGAUAGAGUCGCGUAUGUAGAGUCACGUUCAACAUUAGGUUGCCCUGUUUUCUGUUUGUAUACAGUGGUAAGGUAAAGGUAAAGGGACCCCUGACCAUUAGGUCCAGUCGUGGCCGACUCUGGGGUUGCGGCGCUCAUCUCGCUUUAUUGGCUGAGGGAGCUGGCGUACAGCUUCCGGGUCAUGUGGCCAGCAUGACUAAGCCGCUUCUGGCGAACCAGAGCAAUGCAUGGAAACGCCGUUUGCCUUCCCGCUGGAGCGGUACCUAUUUAUCUACUUGCACUUUGAUAUGCUUUCAAACUGCUAGGUUGGCAGGAGCAGGGACCGAGCAACAGGAGCUCACCCAGUUGUGGGGAUUCGAACUGCCAACCUUCUGAUCGGCAAGUCCUAGGCUCUGUGGUUUAACCCACAGCGCCACCAGCGUCCUGUAUACAGUGGUACCUCGGGUUAAAUACUUAAUUGGUUCUGGAGGUCUGUUCUUAUCUUAACCUGAAACUGUUCUUAACCUGAGGUACCACUUUAGCUAAUGGGACCGCCCGCUGCCGCCACGCUGCUGGAGCAUGAUUUCUGUUCUCAUCCUGAAGCAAAGUUCUUAACCCGAGGUACUAUUUCUGGGUUAGUGGAGUUUGUAACCUGAAGCGUAUGUAACCCGAGGUACUACUAUAUAAGGAAACAUCCUUGUAUUGUUGGAUUAAGCACAGACAUGAGUACAAAAUCUAGGGAUAAGAUCCCAGGAUGUGAGCAAGACGCAUGCCACAUACUUUCGUUUUCCUGUUGCAAAGAUGUGCAUCUUCUGCCCAUCUUCCUUGCAACCUUACAAUAAUAUUUGGAGGCAGCACGGUGAAAAUAGUGGGUUCAGUAUUUAAAGCAGCUUUUCCCAACAUGGUGCCCACUUUGUACUGCAACUUACAUCAGCACAGCUAUGUGCUUGUGGGGCUGAUGCAUAGCUGUCAGCUUUUCCCUUUUCUUGCGAGGAAUCCUAUUCGGAAUAAGGGAAUUUCCCUUUAAAAAAGGGGAAACGUUGACAGCUAUGGGCUGAUGGGAUACGGAGCAUGACAAUAUCUGGAGGGCCACAGGUUCCCCACCUCUGAUUUAAAAUAUAUAUAUAUAUAUACUCAGGGAAGGUGUCGUAUCCAGUUAGUAGGCAAUUUAUACAGGCAAGCAUUAAAUUGUGUUUCAGUCUAAUUGUUUUGGCAUCAAAAUCUGAAGGGCUCAUACCUGUUGUAAGCUCAUCCCUUUUUUAAAUUACUUUGGUAAAGUACCCUUGUAAUAAAUUAGAUGGAAAACUGCAUGUUUUAUUUCAGAUUUUACACUCUUUGUGCCCCUCAGAAAUAGAUUUCUUAGUGGUCAAUGUGGGUUGAAAACAGAACUGCAAGGUUAGCCAAAUGGAUUAUAUUCUGGGAUGAGAUAUUGAACAAUAUUCUGUGAAAAGUGGGACAAAUUUGGACUGUGGAAACCAAUGUUAAGUUGCCUAAAAUAGGACAACACCCCCUACUUCCUUCUAGGUAGAUCAGGAUACAAAUGCGUGCUAUAACUUCUCAGUGUACAUUAAACGGAGCGGUCUCUUCUGUGUUUGUUUGAGAUAACUUACAUGUUUUGUUCCAUCAUUCCAGGCAAAGAACGGUAUCCAGGAUAUGGAAUGUUCCUCGUUGGAACCUGACUGGAUAUCUUUCCACCCAGACACUUCUGGAAGAGUGCUGCAUGUGGGACCAAGUUUGAUUAAGUGAGUCUUGCUGUGAAAGUAGCCUGUGCCUACCUGUGACUCCAUCGUUCUUUAGUCUUCAUUGAGGGAUUCACUGUCCAAGCUCGCAGGUGGCGCUAUGGUCUAAACCACUGAGCCUCUUGGCUUGCCGAUCAGAAGGUUGGCGGUUCGAAUCCCUGCGACGGGGUGAGCUCCCGUUGCUCUGUCUCAGCUCCUGCCAACCUAGCAGUUUGAAAGCACACCAGUGCAAGUAGAUAAAUCGGUACCUCUCCAGCGGGAAGGUAAACAGCAUUUCCUUGCGCUCUGGUUUCCGUAACGGUGUCCCAUUGCGACAGAAGCGGUUUAGUCAUGCUGGCCCCGUGACCCGAAACAGACAAAUGCAGGCUCCCUCGGCCUGAAAGCGAGAUGAGCGCCACAACCCCAUGGUCGCCUUUGACUGGACUUAACCAUCCAGGGGUCCUUUACCUUUUUAUCUUUAGCUGUCCAAACUGAACUUCUGAUUGGCCAAGGUUUCCGUGUCCUUAUAAUGUGUUUGGGAACGAGUUAGGCAAAUUCAUAGCCGUGAUAGCUAAAUGGAAGCUAUAUGUUCAGAGGCAGUAUGUCUGUGAAUACUAGAUGCUGGGGGCAUGUAGCAAUGGUGGGUUGUUGCCUUCAAGCUUCUUGGAGGCAUCCUGUUUAUCAUCUUUAUUUCUUUAUUGGAGGUUCAUUGUUCAUCAUGAUCUUGAAUCACCCAACAUGAAUUUAUAGCAAUAUCACGUAGCUAGAUCUUCUAGUUUAUAUUUUCAAAGGUCAUUAAUUUCUGGAUUCUCAGAACGAAAGAAUUGAAGUAGAAAUGUUUUACCUGCAUGUGCACUCGCAUGUACGCAACAGAGUCCUGGACAUAGCUGUCAACUUUCAGAUUUGAAAAUAAGGGAUCAGCAGCCUCACCUGUCCCGGGGACAGUCUACGGGAUAUCUAACAAUCUGGGAUAGCAGCGGGAAGUAGUGGGAAAUGGCACUGGAAUAAGGGAAUUUCCCGUCAAAAAAGGGAAGGUUGACAGCUAUGGUCCUGGAUUAUGCCCUUUGAUACCACCAUUACACACAGGAACACAAGAAGCAGCAUUGUAUGGACUGACAUGUGGCAGGUUCUGAUUCCACCACCCAAGAGAUGCCAUAUAUAUGCUUAUUAAAAAUGUGCUGGUUCCUGACUCCAUCGCUCCAUCUCAGAAUGCGUAGUGGCUGUGAAAUUAGUGUUUUACUUCCCUAUCACACCUUCCUGUGAACGUGACUCUCUUGGUUUCAUUUUUCUCAACCAGAGUUUUGAAGCUGAAGGAAUCUGAAAAUAACGCAGAACAGCAGGAAGUUACGAAAGACUUUGUCAUACAGGCCAACAGGAGAAAUAAUGUGAGAAUGUAACAACAAACGUGGAUUGUUGUUGUUGUUAUUAUUAUUAUUAUUAUUAAACUUUUUUAUUUGUGCAAUUUGUAUAUUAUAGAGACCAUUCUUCUCAUUUCACCUCUAGCUCAGAUAGGGAGAAAUUAACUCUCAUUUAGGGCUGGUUCACACCUGCAGCUUCCUCACUCAUUCACAGUCAAAAUUUCUCUGUUCACCUGCGUUAGUACCUUUCAGUGGAGACAACUUUGGACUGGAUUUAUGAAUGGUUAUCAGGUGAUGAAGAUUCAUGGGUGUGAAUCAAUCCUUUGUGGCCUUUGUGUAGCAAGAGGCAGGCUUGGUCCUCUGCUGAAGCUGUGAACUGUUUAGGGAUGUGUGGCUUUAAAAUGUUUCCAUUGCAUCUGAAAGUUGUUGCAUGGAAGCAGAUCACAAAAAGGUACCAUUGAAAAGACCUAGAAACUCACCAUGAGUUCUUCAUGACUUGCAUCUGAAGACCUGAAGUUUAGGUGCGGCUCACAAACCGACAUAUAGGGCAGCUUUUUCAGAUAAGGGGUCAGGCAGCUUUGAAAAUAUAGCGGUGCUACAUUUGAAAAUCCUCCUUGAGGAGAAAAUGUGCGCUGUCAAAGCCUAUCAAGAAAAAGUUGCUAACGUCAGAGAAAGAUGGGAUUUGCCCCUUGUGUGUAAGUUACUAAAUUGUGUAGUCUCUGUGUACCAAGUGGAGCUAAAAAGAACUAUUGUUAUUACAGUCGUACCUUGGAUCCCAAACGCCUUGCGAGUCAAACAUUUUGGCUCCCGAAUGCCGCAAACCAUGUUCCGGUUUGCGAACGUUCUUUGGAACCCGAACGUCUUCUGUGGCUUCCGAUUGGCUGCAGGAGUUUCCUGCAGCCAAUCGGAAGCCGCGCCUUGAUUUGCGAACGUUUUGGAAGUCGAACGGACUUCUGGAAUGGAUUCAGAGGUACCACUGUAUUGUUUAUUUUCUAAGAACUAGAUUUUGUUUUGGAAACGGAAAGGCUUUCAAUCCUCGUGGUUGUAGAGCAAAGCUUGGGAACGUGGAGGCAGGGUAUUCAAACAGGGUUUUUAAGCUAUUUAAAAAGAAGGAAUGUUUUCUAGUUUGGGCACUCUCAUCAGCCCUAGCCCUCCAUGUUCAGUGGUCAGAGAAGAUGGGAGCAGGAGCCCAGCAGCAUAUGACGGGCCACAGGUUCCCCACUCAUGCUUAGAACCUAGAUUUCCAUGGCUCUUACUUUCCAUGGCUCUUACUUCCUGUACUCUAUUUACCUCCUGAUUUAUAGCAGGAAUGGGGGAAGAGCUGUGAGAUGUUGGAGAAACAUUAAUUACCAAACCACAGUCCCCACAUGAGAGGUGCUUAGAUCUAAACACUGAGCAGUCAGCGACAUAAUAUGACGCUGUUGUUUGAACGUCUGCUUUGCGUGUUGCAGUAAGCCAUGAGCAAUUUGCAUCAUCUUAGCUCUUCCCUCCUUGUGCGUUGGUGGGAGGGGGACGGGACACAAAAACUGGCUUACCGUUCUGUCUGAAAACAGGGAUUAUGGUUUGUUUCACUCCUAGCAAACCACAGCCUGUAGCCAAGGUUCGUUCUUGGUUUCCUGAACAUGGUUUGUUUGGAGCAAAAUGGGCAGACUACCUCAGAAAGUAGUGGAUGCAUUUGAGGUUUUUAUAGAGAGCUUCGAUGGCCCUCUGUUAGGGAUUCUUGAGCCGUGAUUCCUGUAUGCCGGGGGUUGGACUAGAUGUCCCUUAGGAUCCCUUCUAACUUGUAUGAUUCUGUGGAACAAAUCUUAAUCCCCGGUUCAGACAUAACGCUAAGCAGGGAGGAAACAAAUGGCUUAGAUCGGCACAUUCACAACAAACCAUUAAAUGUUGUUUACUGUGACAUUGAAUUGUAUUGUUUUUAAUGAGCUAGGACAUAGUUAUGAGAGAGAAAUAACAUAGCUAAUAAAGGGAGGAUGAGAAACAGCUUAAACAGUAUUUUGAAUGUGGUAUUGAAUAAACAACAGUAAAGAAUCUUUAUCUAGCUUUUCUGUGCUAUAAAUAAAUACCCAGCAAGCUUAAAAGCUACUUUUCUAGAGUGCAGUGACUAUAAGUCUGUAUUUCUGCUGCAGCAGUUGAGAAUGUACUGUUGACUUCAUUAUUCUCCUGAACGCUUUGUAAUUAUCCUUUAAAUCUUUUCAGCAAAGACGCCCAAGAAGACGGUGUCUGUGUUUUUUCUAGGGGCAGUGCGCAUUUUUCAAAUCGUUUCGAAACUUUAACCAACCUGUCCUUAAGUAUAAACUUGCUUAAAAUCCAUAUUUAACAAACAAACAAAAAAGUAAAUGAAAACUUCAGUUAGCGUUGUCCUUAAUUUUACUAUUUGUCUCAUUUCUCUCUCUCUCUCUCUCUCUCUCUCUCUCUCCUGUCUCCAUAUUUUAAUCUCAAAGAUUAAGAACUCUGUAACAGUAACGGCGUCUGGCCGAGUUGUGAAGAAACGUAUGACACUAUUGGAUGAUGACCCUGGGCAAGAGGUAACCAAAAAUUCUGUGAUCUUGAAUAAGGUAGCUCAUGAAAUGAGCCUCGUUGGCUUUGUAGAACUUGCGUUGUAUCUGAUGCUAGGUCUGCUCAGAGUAGAACCAUUGAGAUCAAUGGGCAUAACUGAUUUAGGUACAUUGAUUUCAGUGGGUCUUCUCUGAGUACAGCAUAGUUUUAUGCAAACGUUUGUGUGUACAUGUAAAAUAUAACUUACUCGUGUGUACAACCACACACACAUACACACACAUACACACACACACAGACACACACACACACACAGACACACACACACAUACCCUGCUAUACAGUGGUACCUCGGGUUAAGUACUUAAUUCGUUCUGGAGGUCUGUUCUUAACCUGAAACUGUUCUUAACCUGAAGCACCACUUUAGCUAAUGGGGCCUCCUGCUGCCACUGUGCCGCCAGAGCCCGAUUUCUAUUCUUAUCCUGAAGCAAAGUUCUUAACCUGAAGCACUAUUUCUGGGUUAGCGGAGUGUGUAACUUGAAGCGUAUGUAACCUGAAGCGUAUGUAACCCGAGGUACCACUGUAUACCCAUUCCUUUUGCUUUUGCUUUUCCCCCAUUUUGAUCUCUUCGUUUUUUCUAGUCCACCGCUGGUCAGCUAGGAAUCUGCCAGCACGCACCUGGAAAACUAACUUUCUGCUAAAAAUACAGCUUUUUGUGUUCUCUGUUCGCGGCGGGGGGCGGGGAAUGAGGGGUACUAGUCCAGCGAAAUGUUAGGCUAUGCUUUAGAAAUGUCAGGCUACCACUGUCCUAGAUAUCGUGAAAUGCACAGGGAAUCUAAUUGGCCGGUGAGCAUUUUGGUUAUCUGACUGUCCGGUUUGACUGCAAUGCCUGCGACCGAUUUUCUGCUAUUUGCAAGCCUGAGGUUCAUGGAAAAGGACGGUAAACAACCUAGGCAAAACACUACAGAUCUGAACAGUGUGCCCCCAGCAUCAUUAGCAACUAUUUUUGGAAUCCAUUUUUCACCCUCCCAUCAGGAACUGGAGCCGAGAAGACACAGCCACAAGAAUUCUAAUUCCUCCGCUUCUGGAAACUAUCUGCAGCCUUGUUUCCAUGGAAAUGAAUACCGACUGGGUGAAAAACAUGGCAAGGGUUCCUCCAUGGCCUUUAAAACCUGUAGUUCAUUUAUAUUCAGUUACCAAAUUUAGAAAGAGAGAGAAAACACACACAAGCAGGCGGAAUUUUACCCAUGGUAUGCCUGCUGUUGGAUUUUGUGGUUUAAAUUAUUACCAUUAUUAUUGUUUAUUGGAUUUAUCUGCAGCCCUGUACCUGGAGGUUUCGGGGCAGUUCACAGAACAAAAUCAAAAUAUAAAACCACAAAAUAUAUAAUCGGAAUAAAAACAACCACCCAACAACCCCUCCCAAAAACACACACAUUUUAAAAGGGCAUAGGAUGUCAAUCAAAUCAACCAAAGGCCUGGUUAAAAAGGAGACGUUUCUGCCUGGCACCUAAAGGUGUGUAAUAAAGGCGCCAGGCGAACUUCCCUGGGGAGUGCAUUCCAUAGACGGGGAGCCACUGCAGAGAAGGCCCCAUUCUCGUGUUGACACCCUCCAGACCUCUGGAGGAGGAGGGCCUCAGAAGAUGAUCUCAGGGUCCGGGUAGGUUCAUAUGGAAAGAGGCAGUCCUUGAGGUAUUGUGGUCUUGAGCUGUUUAAGGCUUUAUAGGUCAAAACCAGCACUUUGAACUGGGUGAAAAACUUUAAAAUGUUUUCUGGAUUUGGGGGCUGCACCCCAACUAAGACACACGGAGAGAUCGUGCUUCUAGAGGCUCCAAGUGAAAAGAAUAAAAAACUUGAAUGGCUGGAAAGCAAGAGGCAGCAAUUGAUGACAGGACCAUUUAUAAAUUACAGCCGUUUCUCUAUUAUUAUUAAUAAUAAUAAUAAUAAUAAUAUAUUUAUACCCCGCCCAUCUGACUGGGUUUCCCCAGCCACUCUGGGCGGCUUCCAACAAAAUAUUAAAAUACAAUAGUCUAUUAAACAUUAAAAGCUUCCGGAAACUUCUUUUAGACUUACUAUUCUUCCGUCUGUUUGUUUUUACCUGCGCAAUAGCUAGGAGGUGUUUUAAAAAACUGUGGCAAAACAACUUAACUUUCUGAGUAACCCGAGCUCCUGUUUUUAAUAAGACUUUCAAAAUUGUGGACUAUGAAGAUGAACUGAAUUUACUGUCCGUUGUGGCAGUUACUCAGAUAGGAGCUGAUGGGGCUGCCCACCUCGACUUCCACUGCAACGAGUAUGGGACUCGACUUAAGAGCAUUCCGUUUGCGGAAUCUUGGGAUGUGGUGAGUAUAAUCCCACUUAACGUACCGUACUUUCCCAUGUAUAGGACUAUGUUGUUUUCUUUAAAAACCAUGCUAAAAAGUGUGUGUCGCCUUAUACAUGGGUAGUGCACAGGGCAGACGUUUGAUUGGUUGCUGCCGCGGCUUUCAGUGGCUAUUGUGCGUAUUAUUGGUUUCUGCAUCAAUGGGUGGUCUUGAUUGGCUGACGCUGUGGCAGUUGGGCGGGCGAUUGGCAGCUUCUGGCAGCGAUGGUUCAGAUGGGAGGCGGAUUUUCGUCAAUACCCCCUAAAAAAGCUCAACAACCCUGGUAAAGUAAAGGUAAAGGGACCCCUGACCAUUAGGUCCCGUCGUGGCCAACUCUGGGGUUGCGACGCUCAUCUCGCUUUAUUGGCCAAGGGAGCCAGCGUACAGCUUCUGGGUCAUGUGGCCAGCAUGACUAAGCCGCUUCUGGCAAACCAGAGCAGCAUGGAAACGCCGUUUACCUUCCCGCCGGAGCGGUACCUAUUUAUCUACUUGCACUUUGACGUGCUUUCAGGUACCGCUGCGGCGGGAAUGUAAACGGCGUUUCCGUGCGCUCUGGUUUCCCUCACAGUGUUCCGUUGCGCCAGAGGCAGUUUAGUCCUGCUGGCCACAUGACCCAGAAAGCUGUCUGUGGACAAAUGCCGGCUCCCUCAGCCUGAAAGCGAGAUGAGUGCUGCAACCCCAGCCGCCUUUGACUGGACUUAACCGCCCAGGGGUCCUUUACCUGUUGACAAUGAGCGCUUUGCUGGUGGAUUGAACAAAACGCCCCCAACGGGCUGCAGGCUCCAUCCAGCCGCUUUUUGCCUUCAGCAGCCGCCAGUUCUGUUGCGUCACAGCAGACUCCUCUCUUUGUCUCUGCUUUCCUGCCUCUCAUUCUCUCCUCCCUGCCCUGCCAGCUGAGCCUUAUUUGGCGGGAAAGUCCCUUAUCCCAGCGCCGUGUCCCGCUGCUGUCCUUUAUUGAUCCCUUAAAUUUCCCGGGUUUCAAAGGAAGCAGCUCCUCUCCCUCCCUGCCUGCCAGCCAGGGAGGAGGGAGGCUCCAACUGUGUUGCUUGGCUGCGUUGCUCACCCAAUAAAGAGUCUAAGAACGACUGGGGGUGGAGCUUGCAUGCCUUGUGCCGAUCAAAUCGGCCGCGUUGCCUGGGGACUCGCCUUUGCUCAGCGCUUCCCAGCGGAGAGGUGACGGUGGUUUUCCUUGCUGCAUCCCCUUUGCCGGGUUGCUGCGCUGUGGGAACCACCGCUUGAGGCUUCAUUUGGCUGCUGGUUGACUAAAAUCCCUUAUUUUGGCUGCUGAUCCCUUAUUUUCGAGGCUGCUGGUCCCUUAUUUUCAAAUCUGUAAGCUGACAGCUAUGCAGCUGAGGCCCCACCUAAUCUCCAAGUCCCAAUCAGCAACUGCCAUGGCCAAUGGUCUGGGAUGAUGGAAGGAGUUCUCCGACAACGUCUUAGGAGCCGUGGGUUCCCCGUCACUCUGGAGUAGAGCUUAUAUUCACUGGUUAGCCCAAGCUUCAUGUUAUAACUUGCUUGCUGCAGAGGGAUGUCAUAUCUAGGCGUUGUUCACCACAAAGCCCUGUGUGUCAUAGGGGUACCUUCCCCUCCCUGCCUACCUGAAAUGAAAAUUACUGUUUUCUUUGUUCUCUCCAUGCAGACAUACAACCAUGAAGUUUACUUUGACAGAAAUAUAGUUGUGCACAUAGAACAGAAGCCUAGCAGGAUCUACAGCUGUUACGUUUACCAAAUGACCUGCAGUAGUUCUAAGGAAGAUGAAGACAUAAAGAAGGGGAAAGGAGAACGACUCUUUUGUGAAAAAAUGGGGAAAACUUUUGAGGUUUUUUUGUAG